CCGGAAUGAUUUUGCUACAGACUCUCUGGAGAGCCCGGGAGCUGAAUUCCCAAAGAUUCACACAUCGAUGAAAGCCAAGCCAAGCCACCCGGCCAGAAGCAUGUCCACCUCAUUGCGAGUAAGCCCGUCCAUCCACGGCUACCACUUCGACACAGCCUCACGUAAGAAAGCCGUGGGCAACAUCUUUGAAAACAUAGACCAAGAAGCAUUACAGAGGCUCUUCAAAAACUCUGGGGACAAGAAAGCAGAGGAGAGAGCUAAGAUCAUUUUUGCCAUAGAUCAAGAUUUGGAGGAGAAAACACGGGCCCUGAUGGCUCUGAAGAAGAGGACGAAAGACAAGCUUUUCCAGUUUCUGAAACUGCGGAAAUAUUCCAUCAAAGUUCACUGAGGACCAGACGAUGUAUAAGGACAUUAGCCAAGAACGGACAUUUAAAGACCAAGCGAGUCUAUGAAACCUACCACGCGCAGCAUCUUGUUGCUGCCUUGUAAGUUUCUCUUCCAUAGGAACGGAACGAACUUGUUACAAAGACUCCAACUAAUUUCACGCCUGUGCUGUUACAGUGGAGAAGGAAAUGCUUUCAGCAAGGACUGGAAAACUCCCCCUACGGGAAAAGGACCGAUGCUGAUGUCCUCAGGGGAGAGUCCGGACAGACAUAAUGAGAACUGAAACGGAAGAUAACAGAAGUCUGGGGAAGAAUGGAGGCCAGGGUCUCCCUGUCAGGCCCUAGGACUUAAACUCAACCUGAACUUUUUUUCCUUAACCAAACUGGGUAGGGGGAGGGAGAUGGGGAACAGGAGAGAGAAUUCCAUGCUGCAAUUGUUUACUGAAUUUUUUAUUUGAAUGUUCAAAGUGUUUGCCAACCUUCAAUGUUGUCUAUCGGUAGAUUUUUUUUUUUUAGAGAUCAGUAAUUGAUUAUUUAUUUGCAUUUAUUACAAUGCCGUAAAAAGUGCACCACAUGGGUGUAAGUACAAAUUCAAGGAACUGCAUUAUUUUCAGCAGCUCAGUGAAACCGUACGCCACCUUCUGGUUUGUAAGGGGUUUUUACGCAUUUCAAACUGGUUGCCCAAAAGUUAAAAUAAUAGGGUCCUUCAUAAAUCCGAAGUACUGUGAACAAAUUUUAUAGUUUUUUUUUAAUCUUCUAACUAAUGCUAAAAUAUAAUCUAAAUUUCUUACAGUUACUGCAAUAAGCAUUAGGAAGUGAAUAUGAUACACUUAAUAGUUUAUAAAGAUGCUAUGGUUUCUAUAAUUUAUUAUUCAUGACAAAUGAUAUACAACCUUAAUAAAUUAUUAUAAACUUA